AUGAUACAAUAUUUACCUGGAAUUAAAGAGUAUUUUACACGCGCACGUGAUCCACCACAAGAUAGGGUAAAAAAAUUUCCAGAAACUGAAGUAAAUAUAUCUUCUGAUUCAUCUCCAAAAAAUAAUCAGGAUUUAAAAUUACCAGAAGUUGAA